ACAUAGAUAUUCUAUUUUCUAUAAGAAACCUAGAUGGCAACCUACAAUUUGUGCCCGAGAUUUUCCCCAAAUCUAGGUAAACCAGUUCGAAUAUAACGAUAACCCUGAAUCCAAACACCCAUCCUGCACAGCCCAGAUAUCAUAAUAACUUAGUUGUUAAAGAUACCCAUAUUGUUUAUAUUUGUAUUUAAUAGUGCCGCAGGAUGCUGUUUUGAAACUGUGACCUCAUGCUGUCCUUUCUAAAGCUAGUAUGCUUAAAUUCACAUUGUACUUUCUGUAGAUUUGAUUGAUUUUGAUCAUUACCCAAAUCGCUAAUCAUGAAGGGAUUUCAAAGAUUUCAGUUGGGUAUCCUUGUUUUCGUAGCGUUCAGCUUAACGUUUUUGGAUUUUUCGGCUGCAUCUCAGUCUGUAAUUGCAAAUGCUUCCUCAUCUGACAAGAAGUUAUGGAAUGCAAAUGGCAAGGGGAGCUCUGAAUACUUGCAGAUGUUUGUGGAAGAGACAGAUUGGUAUAAUAGCCUGGUGCUGGGCCCACUUGUGCCAAGGCACAUUUGGUCGCCAUUGCCUAAAUAUUUGCAGACAUGGCUGCGCAAUUACAUUGCUGGGAUUCUUGUUUAUUUCGUAAGCGGAGGACUCUGGUGCUUCUAUAUAUAUUACUGGAAGCGCAAUGCCUAUUUACCUGCAGAGGAUAUACCUUCAAAAGAACCCAUCUUCUUGCAGAUAGCGGUCUCUAUGAAGGCCAUGCCUUUGUAUACUGCUCUUCCCACGGUGUCAGAAUAUAUGAUUGAACAUGGUUGGACAAAGUGUUAUGCUCGUGUAAGUGAAGUUGGUUGGCUCACUUAUAUUGCAUUGAUUGUGUUAUACUUAAUACUGGUGGAGUUUGGGAUUUACUGGAUGCACAGAGAGUUGCAUGACAUAAAACCUCUGUACAAGCAUCUUCAUGCAACUCAUCACAUCUACAACAAGCAAAAUACUUUAUCGCCUUUUGCUGGAUUGGCUUUCCAUCCUCUUGAUGGGAUUUUGCAGGCUAUUCCCCAUGUGAUCGUUUUGUUUAUAAUUCCAGUACACUUUUUUUCUCACGAGUUUCUUCUAUUUUGUGAGGGAGUUUGGACAACCAACAUCCAUGACUGCAUACAUGGUAAGGUUUGGCCAGUUAUGGGGGCUGGUUAUCACACUAUCCAUCAUACAACAUAUCGACACAAUUAUGGUCACUACACCAUUUGGAUGGACUGGAUGUUUGGAACACUUCGUGAUCCAAUUCUUGAUGCAAAGAACUUGAAGGAAAUGUGAUGCUUGGCUGUCUUAUAAGUGGAUGGGAAUUGAUUGUCUCACUUGGUUGCCUUAAUUAAGUAUUAAAAAUUGAAUGUAGUAUUAAAGGAGAAUGAUUUGUGACGUAAUCAAGUUUUGGUUUCAAAUAUGCUAAUGGUGACUAAAAUUCUCCCCCGAGAUAAAUUUGUAUCAUGACUCAGGACAAUCUAGUGGUGUAGAUUUGUACAUUUGGCAAAAUUUUUGCCCACUUUAUUCUGAAAAACAUUGCUAUUUUUUCUGCUUAAAUUUGAAAUUAAUUUUGUAUCA